GGUAGUUUCGUUGCAACGCUGCCAAGGACUGCAUUCACUCCAAUGCGCAUCUGGAUCUCUUGCAGGAACUUCGUCUUGAGCCAGCCUGGCAUUGUGGUGGCACUUCUACUUUGCACAUCGCCUAUCAUUCUGUGGCAAUUGACCCGGCGUCUCUCUGUGAGUCGCGUGCUGGGUUCAAUUUGGCCACGCCAGAGGAAUGUCACAUAUCGAAGUCGGGAGGAAGAGGAUGCCUAUUGGGAAGCUGCGAAAAAGUACGGACACCGUUUACACUCUUCCGAUGCACAUUUCGUGUUCUCGCGAGGGACAUGCAGUCCCAUCGACUUUCUUUCCUAUGUUCCUGCACUGUUGCCGCUUUACCGUCAGCAGAAGAAAUCAAAAUUCGACACAAGCUAUGAGAUUUCGCUGCGUACUAUAUCCAAGUGGCAUCGGAUGGUGUUUGCUGGACCGCGUCAUCCGACCAUCUCUCAAGCCUCCCAAAUGAGAAAACACUUGAGCACAGCUGAUAAGCGAGAAAUUCAUCGAAUUUCUCGUAUGCUCCCUGACGAGCAAGUAUUUGGGAGAAAGGCGAAGAGUUGGACUCCAAAGUAUCGCGAUAUAUGGCGGAGACGGCUGGCAAGGACGGACAAGGAUGUCUCUGUCUUUUUUGAGUGA